AUCACGAUUUCUAUUUCCAAAAUAGAUAUUUAAUAAUGAACCGCAAACAAGCUUCUGUUACAAGUAAAUGUAUAUGAUUACAACUUUAGGUAAUUUUAUGAAGCAUAUUAUGAUCAGACCUUAUAAAAUCUUCGCUGAUUGAUAUUCAUAUAUUCUGGUUUGUGCUUUGAUAGUGUUAUUAAUUUGUUCAGUGGCACAUCUGUUAGUGGACAGGUAUAAUGUACUAAGUAGGUAGUUACAGAGGGAGACAACAGACUAUCACAUGUAUGUGUAUAUACGUGAAUGGUACAUUUACCUGUAUUACCUGUACAGAGACAGGUAUAGAAAUACGUGAUCAACUAUUAAAGACGACAUUACCAACAGAAACUGUGCAAAGUAUAACUAAGCAAGUUUUACAUAUGAAAACUCUUGUCACUACAUACAUGUAAAGAAAUUUCAUUUAUUAAGAAUUCGCCAACUUUUGUAAUUGCUUCAAAUUUACUUUGUACAUAACAUGGCUGAAUUUGUGUGAUACGUACAACAAGACGGGUUGUUAUUUUUGCCGUGUUUUUGUGUGGUGUCCGGGUACAUUUGUAUUAGCUCCCCCGGAGGAGUUCACCACUGGCAGAUCAACGUAUGUUUACCUGUGGGAUUGUACUUCUGUUAUGGUUCUUCAUUAGAACAACUUUUGUGGAUUUAUCAGUAGACCCUGUAAAAACAACUGGAUGAAUAUGCCACCAAAUUUGAAGAGGUCUCGAUCACAGAAUGCUGUGAAGAGACAUGGAUCAUUUACGGAGAGCGUGAAUCGCCUGGCCAUUAAACAUGACCGAUUUGUACGGAGGCUCUCCGACUCCUUCUAUUCUGUGAGGUGGGACAGCAGUAAGAUGAACAUCCCCCACCGUAUCCUCACGCCUGAUGACCCUGACUCUAAGUCGCUGGGGAAGCCCCUGGAGAGUGACAGCAGCUGUGAGUUUGUCACACCACAGUCCUCCUUCGCUGAUGCAAUCAGCCAGGGCAGUGAGGAGUCCUUGGACAAACACUCAAGUCUGCCUCACAUGAAGAGCUUUGAUGCAGUCGUCUUUGACGUAUUGCGAGUUUCACCCGAUGAAUUUGCUAGCCAGAUAACAUUGAUGGAUUUACCUGUGUUCAAGUCUAUACUGCCAGAUGAAUUAACAUCAUGUGCAUGGACUACAAAAGAAAAACUCAUCAAGGCUCCUAAUGUUGUUGGAUUUACAAGGAGAUUUAACCAUGUAAAUUUCUGGGUCCAACGUGAAAUUCUAACCUGUCAGACAUUAAAAACUAGGUCAGAUGUUUUAGCCCAUUACAUAAAAAUAGCAAAGAAACUUUUAGAUUUAAAUAAUUUACAUGCAGUGAUGGCGGUGCUGUCAGCACUACAAAGUGCAGCAAUAUUUCGGCUGUCCAAGACAUGGAUGAUGUUGUCUAGGCGAGACAAAUCUACGUAUGAGAAGAUCGCAGAUCUGUUUUCUGAGAACAGUAACCGACAGAAGUUACGAGACUACAUGGACAAUGUGAAACACCCCUGUGUUCCUUACUUAGGCCUGUACCUGACAGACCUGAUCUAUAUUGAUGUGGCCCACCCCCACUCGGGUGGCCUGGAGAGUCACCCACGCCGCAUCCAGAUGAACAACAUCCUGCGUGUGAUCGCUGAUCUCCAGCAGUCAUCCUACGACCACUUACCUGUUCUGGAUCAUGUCCAAAACUACCUGCGGUCAGUGAGGUACAUUGAGGAGCUGCAGAAGUUUGUGGAGGAUGACAACUACAAACUUUCCCUGAAAGUGGAGCCACCGAUGUCUACCCUGUCCACAUCCAAGGAAGAUGUUCAGAUAAUGGUGGCACCCCCUUCUCCAGCUACAGAGCCUCGGCACAGCAACCAUCUCACUCCAAGUGCCACAGUUUCUACCACAAAGCAAGUCCAGUGCCACAGAAAGACCAAAAGCUUAAGUGCCAAUUUCAUGAGCAAUGGGCAGCAGAAACAGUCAGCAGAGAAAACCUUCAGUCUGCCAUCCAAGACAACAGCACCGUACAUCCAGGGGAUCCGCCACCUGCUGGACGACAGCGUGCUGGAGGAGUCGCCCUGUGCAUCCAGCGAUGGAUCUAUAUGUGGCAAGUUCUCCACCACUACCAUACAUUGCAGAGAUAUCAUCAAACCUGAAGGAUCAGAGGUAUUUGACACAAACUCUGUGGAUCAACCGGAGAUGUUCUGGCCGGCUCGAAACCAUAUGACAUGGAGGGAGUCGGACGACAUCCGCGAAAAUUUCCAACAGAGCUUUACUUGUGAGGGGUGCUUACGGAGGAAAACAAUUCUCAAGGAGGGAAAGAAACCCACUGUGACGUCAUGGACAAGGUAUUGGGUGGCCCUAUGGGGCACGUCGCUACUCUAUUAUCCAGCCAAGUCUCUACGGGGCGGUGACCGUCAGUCUUUUAAAACCAACCCCAGUAAAAUGACAUCAGUUGUUGGCUGGAUGGUGGUAAUGGGAGAUAAUCCACUACAACCAGAUGCAUUCCAGUUAACAGAUCCAAUGAAAGGUAAUGUGUACAAGUUCCGGGGAGGCAGCCAAGCCAUGGCGUUAACAUGGUGUCGACAUCUCAGCGAGGCCACAAAGCGCUUCCAACCGAAGACCCCGACAAACCUGAUGUCGUUCGACUGAAGGCACUCAUGCUUGGACUUGGACAAGUCGCCAUAACUGUGAUAAUCCAGUGACCAUGAGAAAGAUUGACCUUGACAUUCCCAGCUCAAGGUCGUCCCUAACCAGUGUCUGCUGGUAGGAUACACAGACAUGGGGAGCCUCUGCUGAGCUUUCCCAAUAUUCAUAGCAGUCAGCUUGUGCUUAGUGUUACCUGACCUAGAGCCAUUUGUGCCAAAUACAGAUGUUUGUACAGCAUCAACAAGCAGCUUUGUUCAUGGUUACUGACCUACAAGAGCUGAAGCUUCUCUGACCCCAUGGAUAAGUUCUCACUAGAUACCAUGUGGAUAUCGAGGGGAUCCCACUUGAAACUGUUCAGAUUCCCUCAGAUAUUCGGUGGAUACCCUCAGAUACCCUCAGAUACCCUGUGGAUACUCAGUAGAUACCAUAUGGAUAACCAGGGGAUUUUCAGGGGAAAGUCUUCAGAUACUCGUUGGAUACCCUGUGGAGAUACUCAGUAGAUAGCCUGUGGAUACUCGGUGUAUAUGCUGUGGAUCUGCUUGAUUCUCGGUGGAUACGCUCUAGAUACCCUCGGAAACAGGGUGGACUAUAGAUUUGUGGUUGACUUUGAUCAGCAGCUGAUAAACAGCUGUCACGUUUACAGGGUCAUAGACAGAGAGAAGAAUACUCAAGUCCCACUUGUCAUAAUACAAACAAUGAACAAAAGCAAUGCAUUAUUUUUGUUUGAUGAAGACGUGUUUUGAUGUGCCAGUAUCUAUGUGUUGUACAUGUUAACAAGGUGAGCUGCUCUCGCCUGACAUUCCUUAGCCUUCUGUAAUGUGAUAAUCGGGCUGCUUUCUGUGUUUUUGUGCAAUUUUCAUGCUCUGAUAUUUUCGUUUCUAUAUUUUUCCAUAACAUGAUGUGGUCAGUUAAGCUAUUUCACAAUAUAAGAUAAAAAAAACUGCGCUAGUCCAUAUUGGUGCAGAAUGGGAUAUUUUGGAGAAUCUGUAUCACCGGGAAUAACAUAUUUUUAUUUUAGCAAUGUAAGGGUGGCGGGGACCAGUGCUAAGUUAGUGCUUUUUGUCAGAGAUAAAACAGUUAUGGGAGACAUCACUAAAAUCAUUAUUUGCAGAGUGACUGAAAAGAAUCUUUUGGUCCAUUAGGUUAAAACUUUCUAGAUAAUUUGGGUAUUCUUAAUUAUGACUUACCAGUAAGAAGUUAAACAAGGCGUUUCAGAUGUAUCCGAGAAAGGUAUUUGAAGCUGUUUUAUGUGCAAUGUCUGAACAGAAAGUCAUAUUGCACUGAUAUUUUACACCAUCUAACAAUGAAAAACAUUUUUUUACAUUAUUUUUAUAUGACAUGACAAAAUUGUCAGUAUUUUAAAAAAUGGUUUUGUUGCUGCUGCACAUGAUCAAUAUGUAUCUUUAAUACAUGCCGUGCAUGUCUAUCUCUUUGAGGUACAAAGGACACAUGUGAGUCACUAACUCAUUUCUUUCUUGCAGAUUAGAACCAACCCUUGAUGGAUAAAGCUUUUAUCCAGUCUAACUGGGACCCAAUUAAAGGGAGAUAAUCACAUAUUUUAUGAUAAAAUAGGUUUUAGGGCUUAGUCCUUUUAACAUUGACUGGAAUGUGCAAUUGUUGGAUGUGUUAAUUUAUGUUUUUAGUCAUUCCAUGUGGGACACAAUUGAUCAGUCCAUACUUCAAUAGGCCCAUAAUAACCUGUAUACCAUGUUAUAUUUCCAUGUUCUUUCCUGAAUGCUAGAGUUGUUUGAGUUAAGUUGACAACAUGGACCUAAAAUCAAUCUUAAAAAUAUGAUUAUGCAGGUUAAUGUGAAGAAUCAUUUUGUUUCUUGGAAAAAUUCAGUUUACAUCUCUGUCAUUUGACAUUUUUUUAAUUUCUUGUCAAUGCCAGCAUUUCAAAAAUUUGGUAGAAUUUAAAAGAUCAUACUGUAAAGAACAUGUUACUUUCCUCAGCAGACUUAGAUGAGUGGAAGUGGGCUGGAGUCUACUUUCCUCAGCAGACUUAAAUUAGUGGAAGUGGGCUGGAGUCGACAGGUUCUCACAAACUUUGUGGGGCUUCCUGUGCAUCAGUCAGACUCCUCUCCCAAGGGAAAUGCUCUACAUAAUUACUUGGUAGUCUUCCUGUUUGUGCAUUGGAAGUCCUCUCUAGUUAAGACAGGUUUUCUGUCAAUUUUACACCCAUUUGAAAAGGGAGAGCCAAUUUUCUUGUCACUUACAGGUACACGUACCUGUUUUUACAGUAGUAUGUUUAGGGCUGUUAAGGACUCUACUAGCUCCUUUAACAAAAGCAAUAUGACAAAUGACAGAUCAUGUGAUCCAUGUCUCUUGACUAGAUCUUAAUCAUGCAAUUAUAGCAUCAUUUUCCCAUGCUCUACAGGUCUUCCAGUACAGUAACAUUGAUAUAUUUUUUGCCAUUCUGAAUUGUGCUUCGGUCAUUAUAUUUCCUGACUCACAGCAGUACUAGACAAUGUUGUCUACAUGAAGAUGUAAUGUUAUAGUUUUACAAUGCUUAUUAAGAUUUUUUUACUUCAGAAUUGGAGAUAAAAUAGCCAUGUUUCAAAUGCCACCAUAUUUCAAAUUCACCUGGUUCCUUAAGAAUCCCGGAGUUGAAGUGCAGACAAUUUCAGACAUGUGCCUUGAAGUAAAAUGUGUAUUGUUGUCUUCCACACAUUUGAACAGCUAGUUACGCUAGUAUUAAGAUUUUGUGAUACAAAUGUACCAUUGAUAUUCCGUCUUUUCGUAUUGCAGAGUUAUCUGCUCUUGUGAGCAGGUAUUGAUUGUUGCGUCAUUUGUUUGUGAGAGCA